AAUGGGUAGCCAAGAGCAGCUGCUUGAGUUGAUGACCAACAAGGGAAGGGAGGGGUGACAUGACAUGUCGUCGCGCAUCUUGGCGCGUGCCAUGCGUCUAUGCAAGACUAGGCGACAGCUCGAGCAAGUGCACGUCCAAAUCCUCUGCAAUCCCGGCCUCAGCUUGCGCACAACCAGCUCUCUCCUCUCCCGUCUUCUCCUCCUCUACUCCUCCCUCCCCUCCUCCACCUCCUUUCUCCUAUUCGUCUAUAUUCCCUCCCCUACCCUCUCCUCCUUCAACACCGUCCUCCGCUCACUCGCCGCUGCCCCUCCUUCCUCCCUUCCCCAUCUCCACCCCAUCUCCCUCUACUCCCAGCUCCUCUCCUCGGGCCUCCUUCCCAACCAUCUCACUUUCCCCUUCCUCUUCAAGCACUGCUCUCUCCGUCUCCUCGCCACCUCUGGCCAGUGCCUCCAUUCACACGUCUUCAAGCUCGGCUUCCAUCUCGACGUCUUCAUCCAGAAUUCCAUGGUUUUCUUCUAUGCGACUUGCGGGUUUAUCCGACGCGCGAGGAGAGUGUUCGAUGAAAUGCCCCAGAAAGACUUAGUCUCGUGGAAUUCUCUUCUGAUCGGGUACUUGAGGUGCGGGGAGGCAGACGAGGCGAUGGAUGUUUUUCAUAGAAUGGGGGAUAGGAACGUGAUUAGUUGGAAUUCAAUCAUUACGGGGUUUGUUCAGUGUGGCCGGGAGAAGGCGGCUCUAAGUUUAUUCCAUGAAAUGCAGGCGGGGGACUUUGUUGUUAAACCUGACAAGAUUACGGUGGCCAGUGUGAUCUCUGCUUGCGCUUCUCUUGGUGCUUUUGAUCAGGGACGAUGGGUGCAUGGCUACUUGAAAAUGUGUGGCAUAGAGUUGGAUGUCGUAAUCGGUACCGCCCUUAUAGAUAUGUACGGCAAAUGUGGGUGCUUGGCUCGAGCUUUGGAGGUGUUUGAUGAAAUGCCUGACAAAGAUGUGCUGGCCUGGACUGCCAUGAUCUCGGCUUUCGCUAUCCAUGGGUUUGGAGAGGAGGCUUUUACUCUUCUAGAGAAGAUGGAAAGGCAUGGAACAAAGCCGAACCAAGUGACGUUUGGUGCGCUGCUAUGCGCUUGUGCUCACUCAGGCAUGGUGGAAAGGGGCCGUUGGUGUUUUGAGGCAAUGAGGAGAGUAUACAUGAUUGAACCACAGCAGCAACACUACGCCUGCAUGGUGGAUUUACUUGGACGAGCGGGCUUGUUCGCUGAGGCAUUGAUACUCAUUGGAAGCAUGCCAAUGGAGGCAGACACUUUUGUUUGGGGAGCACUUCUUGGUGCCUGCAGGAUGCAUGGAAAUGUAGAGCUUGGUGAAAGAGUUGCAGGCCGUUUGAUUGGAAUGGACCCUCUCAAUCAUGCUUUCUAUAUAAUUCUUUCCGACAUUUAUGCAAAGGCUGACAGAUUUGAGGAUGUGAAGAAAGUGAGGAAAUUGAUGCAAGAGCACGGGAUCAAGAAGGCAGCUCCUGGUUGUAGUUCGGUUGAAAUUGAUGGGGUGGUGCGUGAGUUUUCAGUAAAACUAGCACCAUGUGAUGAUGAUGAUGUACUUGACGAGCUGGUGCUUAUUUUGGACUUGAUGCAUGAAGAGCUGAAAAUUCAGUAACACAGGAGAUUUACACAAUGUUUUCUUCGAUUAAUAAUCAUAAAUUUUUUUUUUGAAUAAA